AUGGCCGCUCAAGCCUGCUACGUUAACCCUGACGAGUGGGAACUAAUAACUGAUGAUGGCUACGUCUACAAGCGCAGGAAGCGCCCGCGCCUCGACUCCGGCGGCGCCACCACCACCACCUCCUCCUCCUCCGCUCACCCGCCACCUGAUCCGGCGGCGGAGAAGAAGCACCGCCGCGAACGGAAGAAGAAGGCUCUGUUGAUGCUGAGGGACCAGUACUUACAGGAAAUCAGUCGGUGGGAACUUUUGUCGAACACGUUAAGGCAAAUGGAGCAAAAAGCCCAAACGCCGUCGCUGGAGCAGAAUCAGGAGCUGGAUCCCUGGACGACGUCGUUUAGCGGGGCCUCCGUCUCGGAAAACGCUGGUGCGGGUUCAGAUUCAACUCGCCGGAGAUUAGUUGAUGAUCUCCUCACUCAGGCUGAAGCACAGGAAAUCAUAAUUAAGGAUGUUUCAAAGUUAUGUGAUAUAGCGGAAGCAUUGUGCAGUGCUGAGGAGGAAAGAUUGAAACAGCAGCUUACCGAUUUACCUAUAUGGGAUCCUUCUCCACAAGACCUCAUGGCUGCUUUAGGUAAACAAUAGUGUCCUUGAGAAACAUGUAUUUGCAGAAACAAAAGAACAAGGGGAAAAUGAAGUAGCAAUUGGUAGAAAUUGUACAAUGGUCUUAGUUGUUCAAUUUGUAUCUAAUGAGUAUUCAACUGUAGUGGAUGGAACUAGAUUUAUUAGAAAAUAGGGUUGACAUUGGUAGGCUUGUUCAUGAUUAUCUAAGUAUGAGAAAGGGCACUUGUUUUUUAUGUCACUAUUAAUUAGGGUUGAAAUUGGUAAGGGAGUUCAUGAUUAUCCAAGUGUGAGAAAGGGCAAUUCAUACUUUAGUCUGGUGGAUUCUCCUUCGUGCUCGAGUAAUUUUGGAAACUAUCAAUAUUUUUAGGUCGUUGUGGGAUGGAAGGUUUCUGAUAUCUCAAGCGAGAGCACGGAAGAGUUUGUGUGUAUUACUGGUUUUUGUUUUGUUUUUUCUUUUAUUUUUUUUUCUUUUUCAAUUUGUUGAGAGAUGGUGAGUGAUGUUCGAGUGUUUGUAGCUAGGUGUGAGCUCUUAAAGCAGCAAAUUGAAUUUUGUAGAUAAAGUUUAUUUGAUGAUCUUUUACCGUUUAUGCUUUUGUUGCAUGUGCAUAUAAGUAUUAUGUUGAUCAAAU